AUGGCACCUUCCAGUGCUGUUAUGCCCGCUCAAGUCAAAGUCGCUAGCGGCAUCCAGUGGGCCUUCGACUUCGGGCCAUCCGAUGCGUCCUGGCCCAAGCUCCGCCUUGUGCGGCCUUUCCGACUCGAUCGCCGCUUGGUGACGGGCGGGCCGGAUCCAGAUUUCAUCACAGAGCUCGUCCGCCAAACCGGCUUUCCACAUCGGCACUCUCUCUCCUGCACAGUAAGGCGUUGUUGCGCCUCUUCUGCAGUCAUGGACUUGUUCGACGAGGCCGCGUCGCGAUGCGAUGCCUUCAGGACACCAAGAUACCUCGAGGUCGUCAUUUCCAUGUGCGUCACGCCUCCAUGCCCAUCCCCCAUAUCCCCAUGGCUUCAGAUUGCUAAUAUGCUACCCAACUCUAGCUUGAUCCUCGUUGGACUUCUCGUUUCGUAUCUCCCCCAACAUUAUCGAAUCAUUUCACGAGGGACAGCAGAGGGUAUUUCGCCAUACUUUGUGCUUCUAGGAACCACGUCUGCGACAGCCGGAUUUGCAAACAUAUUAACCGUUGCACCCUCGCGCGCUGCCAUGAGCUGCUGCAAAGAGAUUGAGGGUCUCGAAUGUGCUGCUAGUAUGCUUGGAAUUGCCCAACUCGGCGGGCAGUGGCUGUGCUUUGGGCUCAUUCUCGUGCUUUUCCUCAUGUUCUUCCGCUAUGAGGACGCUGUAGUUCCACAAGACGAACUCGCUGGCGAAUCACCAAAAUGGCAGACGGCCGCGGCUGUGGGACUGCUUGCCUUUUUGCACGGCCUUAUCACCAUCGUCAUCACUGGCAUUUUCGCCAUUGCCAUGCCCCAGCACCUGAACUUCUGGGCCCAUCUUCUCGGGGUCCUGGCGGCCGUGCUUGCUGCCGUGCAGUAUCUGCCUCAGAUCUGGACAACAUAUCAUCUCAAACACGCCGGCAGUCUGAGUAUUCCCAUGAUGUGUAUACAGACACCUGGUGGCCUCGUGUUCACCGCUAGCUUGUAUGCGCGUCUGGGUGUUGAUGGCUGGAGUACAUGGGCCAUUUACUUGCUUACUGCGGCCAUGCAAGGCUCCGUGCUCUUUAUGUGUGUUUACUACGAGCUUGCCCGGCACCGCGAGCGCAGUGCCGAGCCUGAAGGUGCCCCGCUCAUCAACGAAGCCGACUCGCCCGUUGACCAUUCCAACCUACAAAGACCUAUUGCUAACCGCACAUACUCUGAGGGCUGGGAACGCGGUCUCCCUGGGCCUUUUACCGGGCACCCAGAACGCUACGCGGAAACCGAGGAAGACUUGGAGCACAUCCAAGACCGCGAAGAACGGGCGAUUGCGCGCGAGAGCCAGCCUCUGUUGAAGCCCGGCGGCAUCGGCAAUCCCCACAAGACCUACAACGUACCUUUUACACGCCUUCUGGAAGACAAGUACACGUCACAGUUUAUUGAUAAGUCCGGUGUUUUAGGGAUGACCCCGUCAUUAUUCAUUAAAAAGUUAAGUGGCAACAGCGCCAACCCCGCCGGCUUCAUCAACGUGCGGUCCACUCAAUCGGUCCUCAUGUCUUGCGCUAGCCCGCUGAUUGGCUGCACAAUGAACCCGAGGACAUGUAGCCCAUGCUCGCGCAUCACGACAAUGGAGUCAUACAGCCCGGUUCCUCAGCUUCAUGCCCUCCUGGCGUUCAGCCUUUCAAUACCCUGCCAUCUCAGCCCAGGAAUUGACUGCACGAAAUAUAUAUCUCGUGCCGAGCCUGCAUAG